UAUAUUCAGAUAGAUACAUGCACAUAUAGAGAGAGAGAGAGAGACAGAGAGAGGGAGGGGAGAAGGUUUUGAGGAAGAAAGAUAAAAUCAUAAUCGUUAAACCUUCUGCUAAUUCGAGAUUCGGACAGUUAAAUUGUUUGAAAUUGUUUCAGACUUGUUUUCUUCCACGGUCGUGUUGUUACGCGGAAACAAAGCCGAAAUCUUUCAGAUCUGACCAUCUGGAUCAGAUUUUUACUCAUUUCAAUUGCAAUCAGCUUGUGAGUUUGGCGUUCAAUUGAGAUUACAGGAGAAUCUCUCUUCUGCCGCCAUCUAUUUUGCCGCUUGCAAGAAAAACCAUUAUCGAUAUUACUCUUCUGUUCAUGUCACGUAACUUGGAUAGCCCUGUUCAGACCCAGAUGGCCGUGGCAGUCUUCAAGAGUCCACUUGGAAGUGGAGAGUGCCACGGACCCAACAGGACAGAAGGGAAACCAGCUAGAAGGAGACGUGUUUUUGUACAGACUGAGAUGGGCUGUGUGUUCGGGAUGGAAUUGGACCGGAGGGAUAAUGUACAUACUGUGAAGCGGAGGUUGCAGAUUGCCCUAAACUUUCCUACUGAGGAGAGUUCCUUGACAUUCGGUGAUAUGGUGUUAAAGAAUGACCUCAGUGCCAUUCGGAAUGAUUCCCCUCUUCUUCUGACGCGGAACUUGAUUCAUAGAAGCUCAUCAACUCCCUGUCUGUCGCCCACUGGAAGGGACAUCCAACAGAGAGAUCAGAGCGACCCAAUAGAGAUAUUGGGGAACUCAACUUGCUUUGCUAAGAUGAAACAACUUGUUAAGAAAAUCGUCAAGGCAAUGAAGUAUGGGGUUGAUCCCAUCCCUGCACAUGGUGGGCUUGGAGGGGCAUAUUAUUUUAGAGAUAGCAGAGGGGAGAGUGUUGCAAUUGUAAAGCCAACAGAUGAAGAACAAUUUGCACGUGUAGAAUUACUCUUUUUGAUAUCUUAG